AUGACUACAGAAUCCUUUGGGCCCAAGCCCAGCGUGGCCCACAGUCCACUUUGGAUGGAAGUGCGCCUUCCCUCGGCCAUUUCCCCUAAGUUUUGGAAAGACUCCUAUUUCCUGAAAUUUAAAUCACCAGCCAGCGGUUUCCUGGCCCGCUUCCCGUCUCCCUGUGCCCUCUCAGCCCUCUCCCGCCUGGCUGGGGUCGGAUCCUCGAGCAAGAGUCCACAUCCCUUGGUUGGCCUAGGCGCUAUCCGGAUCGCGGGGGAUCUCGCUCCCGCGUGCGGAGGUCGCUGGCUCGCAGCGCCUUCCCAGAGCCUCCCAAACCUCCUCUCCUCCUCCCGCCCGGGGCUCUUCGAGGAGGAGCCUGCAAGUCCGCUUCCCCAGCAGAAGGGGAUUGUGGCUAAUUUCUACCACAUAUGGUCAACUCAAGUCCAUUGCAGGAACAUUUCCAUUGGUGGUGUGCUUGUCCCACUGGAGCUGAAGUCAAAAGAACCUGAUGGGGACAGAAUUGUUUAUACGGGCACAUAUGACACAGAAGGUGUGGCCCCAACCAAGAGCGGAGAACGGCAACCCAUUCAGAUCACCAUGCCGUUCACAGACAUUGGGACCUUUGAGACAGUGUGGCAAGUCAAGUUCUACAAUUACCACAAGCGAGAUCACUGCCAGUGGGGAAGCCCCUUCUCAGUCAUUGAGUAUGAAUGCAAGCCCAAUGAGACGCGCAGUCUGAUGUGGGUGAACAAGGAGUCCUUCCUCUGAAGAUGGUUCUGUCUGAUGUUGCUGGACAGUCUCCUCAGAAAUCUACUUUUAGGUAAACCAGCACAAGCCUUAACCAAGGCACACCACACCGUUGCUGUUUCUCAUCCAGUACCAAUGACCUACUAGCCCUGAUUGUUUUGAGAGUGUAACUCCCCUCUAACACAAUAUCCCUGACAUGAAAGUUGGUGAUGUACCAACCCCCCAAAUACUCCUUUUCGUAUUUUGUGCUGGUGUUCCUGCAUCCAAUCGUUCAUGGUCACACUGUUGACCACUUGUGACUGGAGCUCAGUGGAACUGGUAGACUUGCCCUCCUCUUGAAGGUUCCACUGACUGACUGUGGUGUUUUGUUUCCAAGUUGAGUGAUUUUUCUUUUUAUGUUCAGUGUUAAAUUUAAAAAUAACAAUGUGUACGGGUCCUCUCCUGUGUAAUGUGGUAACAUAUAACUUGCAAUGUUGGCCAGCUUUCAAAGCAGGCUUUGUGAAAAUGUAACAAUCACAGGUGAAUGGGACUCAACUGUUAUGCUUCCUAUAGAUAGCUCAGCUAUUGCAGGAAAGAACAAUGACAAAUGAAAGGACAAAUACUUAAGUAUUUAUAAUGCAUUAAAACUCUUUCAAGGAACUUAAGGUAUUAUACGAUAAUCCAAUGGAAAUGGCAAGAGCAUUGCUGUGGACCACUGUCAAAGUGACAGGAGUGGUAUGGUCAUCCCUUUGGCAAGCUUCCGUACAUUGAUGGCAUCCCCAUGUUCUUCCUUACUUGAACUUUGUAAAACUGUGUAUGGACCUGUAAUCAACUUUUGAUAUUUCUUAAUAAAGGCAUUGAAAAGUA